AUGCGAGAGCAAUACAGGAAGCUCCGUGCGCGGAGAAAAGAGGAUGAGACGGAGGAGGAGAAGGAGAAGCUUCCUGGGGAGGAGGAGCAGCAGCGGCACCUGCAGCAGCAGGAGGCGGAGCAACAGAGUCAGAUGGAGGUGAUUCGCGCAUACAGGGAGCAUCUGAAGCGCACUGCAGGCGACCAGCGGCUCAUUCCGUUGGUGCUCGAGUCGUAUGACGGGGCCUCGUACCUGUCGCUUGGCACCCUGUGGUGGGACACCGAGAGGUGCGUAGACCCAUCAGAGGCCAAGGGCACGUGGGGCAUUCAGCGCAUGUUCUACCACUGGCCGCACAUCUACUGCCUCAAACCCGAGCUCUUCCCCAGGUUCAGAGGAGAAGCCAAAGAGAUAGAGUGGGGUAUUCAGCGCAUGUUCUACCACUGGCCGCACAUCUACUGCCUCAAACCCGAGCUCUUCCCCAGAUCUGAGAUGUGCCUGGAUUACUACGGGCAUCGCAAGUAUGCGAUCAACCUCGAAUACGUCUUACGAUUCGACUCCUAA